UUGUUUUUAACUUAGGACUUAUAACUUUUCGAUACAUGUAAGCAUUCAACAAAAGGCUGACACCUGACAUUUUGCAACGCAUUACAGCUGGCUUGGUGUUAGGUACAACGAUAAGUAUUGCUUUUGCUACCCAUCCCCCAACCGCCAGCUCAGGAAACUGUGAUACAUACCAGUGACUGAGUUUCUAUUUCUCUGCUCAGAAGACAAUUUCAACUUAAUAUCAACUAACACUUGCAAUGAACAACAAAGGAAGUUUAUUAGAGUUCAUUAUAUUCAUUUGUCUAUCUCUUACAGGUUCUGAAGACUCAAAAUGUGAUGUCAUUACUCCUGUAUAUGGACUACUGAAUGCAAGUGUUACUCUUCAUUUUGGUCAAGCACUGAAACCAAAUUCAUCUAUAACAUGGAAGGCAAAUCCCUUUAAGAUUGGGAAUUUUAAAGAUAAUGAAUAUCUUCCAACUCCAUCCUAUCAAGGCAGAGCAAAAAUAUUUUCAAAUGGGUCACUUACUAUAUUCAGCCUUAGAACAACUGAUAAAAGAGUGCAUCAAGUAGAAAUCCAUGAUGGCAGAACUGGACAGCAUAUAUGCAGUGGAAAUGUUAACCUCCAAGUGUUAGAAAAACUAAAAACACCCACCAUCACAUUGAAUGGCACAUUUCUUACCUGCACAGCUGAGAAUCUGUAUGUUGAAAGAUUUUAUUUAAAAAAGGAUGGCAAGGUUCUGUCAGAUAAAGAAGUUAAGAUCAUUAACAAAAAUAACAACAGUAUUGUUUAUGAUAUUCAACAGAUUACUGGGAACUUGGAAUGUGUUGCUAAUAACACACUGAAUGAAAACAGUGCAGUCAUACUCAUGCAAAAAGGUCAUGAGCAAUUAAACAUCUACAUAAUCGCAAGUGUAGCUGGUGGAGGUGUUCUGCUAGUGCUCUGCAUAGCACUGCUGAUUUAUUGUAUUGUUAGACAACAGAAACAUCACAGGACUCCAGUAUAUGAAGAAAUGGCAGUGACUCAUAGGUGCCAACAGAAUCAUCAACACACUUGCAAGAAGCCACAUGCUUCAACGAACCAAAGGGAACCUCAGAACACAGGCAGAAAAUCACGUGCUAAUGCAACUCCUCGAGAACAACAGGUUCAAGAAAGGCCUCCAAGACCCAAGCCACGUACAAAGACAGUGCUGCAGAGAUAGACGCAAUUUAGUCAUCGCUAUCUCCACUGAAGUGUUAGAUUUCAGCAUGCCUCAGUAUGUGGAAAGAUAACAAGUAAAACAGUCCUCAAAGCACAACUAUAAUACUACUCAACUACAUAAUGAAGUAUGAGCCUGUCCAUCCUGUAAAAGACAGAAUUUGCUAUCAGUAUUCACAUUUAUGUUUAGAGUAAAGGACCAAAAAUCACCUGUCUACACUGGCACAUGUUAUGUGCUUGGAAUACAUAAUAUAAACUACACUUAUUUAACUAUGACUGAAAUUUAAAAUAGAAUUUGUAAUGGAGGAUGAAGACAGAUGCCAUAUUUUAAUGAGAUGUCGUGACCUGUUAUAAUUUGUGACUUUACCAAAAGUACCAGUAAAUAAUUCAUCAAGAAUUUUUCACUGUCUUACUCCUAACCAGUUUAUAAUUCACCAGUAGAUGUUUAGUCAUUGUGAUGACUUACACCUUCUUAUUUACAAAAAUACGUCGGUGAUGUUUUCUUCACUAUUAAUCUUUAAUUUCUUCUAAGUCAAUAUAGGCAAAUUUUCAGUCAUCUAUAUCAUCCCUCUCCCCCGUUUAUACCUAUCUUGACUUACUGAAAAGAACCUAGAACACAAAAAGGGGUGAAAGAACAUAUGUUAGCCAUAUGACUGUGCAGUGAAAUAUAUUUAUAACAUAUCUACAGAAUAUUAACAUGUACAUAGACUGAUGUCAUUGGUACACAAUGAUCACUAUGUACAUCAACUCUGCAUGAUAAAGCUGCAUAAUUAAAAAUUCAGUAGCUUACGUCACUAGAUUUUCAGUUUUUCUGUCCACUUCUUAAUUUGUGGUGUCUGACUGCUUAUUCAUAACAAUGGAACAUGUCAGGUAAAAGCUGUUAGGCUGAAUAUCUUUACAGUGAUUUAACUGAAGUAAUCCUACAAAUAUAACUCCUGCUAGCUAUAGCAGGCAACCACACUCAUAUCAACUAAGUUUAAUAGUCUAUCUUCAAAUGUACAUUGGAAAAUGUGCAGUAUUACCUUGUGUGAACAAACAAAAUGAUUUUUAUUCCUUUAUAUUCCUUGCUGUAUUAUAAAUUAAAAUCCUAUUUUUUCUGU